AUGCACGCAGCAGCAGAGGCGCCCCUCGCAGACGAUGGCGGAAUCCUUCCACCCCCUCAAUUCCUAUCCGUCGACGUUGCCCCUCCCCCUUGCUCAGUUGUCGACGAAGCGCUCUCCGAGACUCCAGUAAUCAUCAUUGGGCCAUCCUCCCGACCCCUCAAAAUAUACAGCUCGACGGCAGCCGCGAUUGCCAACUUCAAACCGACCCCUCGCGAGAUCAUCUGCGGGAUAGCCCCCCAUGUAUUCGACGAAUACAAGCGGAGACAUGGAAAACCAUCGCGAUCGCAUUCAAAGAGACGUCGAUCCGCUGAACCACGAACGGGCGGAAAGCCGUCGCCACUCCGAGGGUCGGCCGUGAUUUCAUGGGACGAAUGUUCCAUCUACGUCGAGUCUGAACAAAGGGUCGAGGAGACCGGCGCUCCCAGCCGAUCAGGUGAUUUGAAGGACGAGUGUCCCGCUGUCCCGAAAUCUGGUGAAACCCUUGUUAGCACUCAAGAAACCAAGAGUUCGGAGGACAAACGUCUUAAAGUGACGUCCAUAAUACCUUCCCGGCCUCCGCCAAAACACGAUAAAAAUCUCUGCUUGCGGAGAUUCCGCUUCGACAUAUUCAAACUUACUACGGGACCACAGAACCUUCGCCGUAAAAUUCAAUCCUGGGCUUCGACACGUCUUCCCUUCCUGAGCUUAUCAUUCCUUUAUUAUCCUUUCUGCUCCCUUCAACACCUUCUACACUCAAUAGCUAGAGAGAUAGACUCCUGUUAUCUUGGAGUGCAGACCACCUCACAGAUCUGA